AACCACUAAAUUUUUCUAUUGAAACAAGAACUAACUCUCUCAAAAAAAGGCAUCAAACUGUUUCUGCAUUCAACAUUUGUUAGACAAACAAUUCCAAUGGAGUCAUUGGAACCAUUCAAUCUAUUGUGGAAGGAUAAAGAAAUCAAAUUUGAUACUCCAAAUGUGCAAAAACAUUUGCGCAAUGGCGAACAGGUAAUAUCAACAAUUUAUUACAUAGAAGAUACCAAAGGCAAUCCUGGCGAUUCAGGACGUUUGUUGGCCACCAAUUUGAGAUUGAUAUGGUAUUCAUUGGUACACAAGAAAUUCAAUUUAUGUAAGUCAAAAAUUUUUAAUGAAUUUGUUAAGAGUUUUGAAACGAUUUCCCUUCUUUUAGCCAUUGGUUAUGGACGCAUUGCUAAUAUGAACACCAAAAUGACUAGCACUAAGGUGCGUGGAAACUGUUUGGCUCUAUACAUUCUGGCCAUUGGUGGUAAUACACGUUUCGAGUUCCUUUUCACCGAUGUCUCGGGUGAAACUGAGAGAAAAAAUACGCCCAUAUUUCAAAGUGUUUUCGAUAUUUACCAAUUAUAUCAACGAACCUAUUUGUAUCGUGAUUUGAAACUACGAGGAGCCAUUUUACAAUCGGGCCAAUUGAUUAUUUUACCACAAGAGCAGGUUAUCAAUAAAGUCAAUGGUGUUUGGAAUCUAAGCAGUGACCAGGGAAAUCUUGGCUGUUUUGUGGUUACCAAUAUUCGGGUAGUGUGGUAUGCAGAUGCCAAUGAGACCUUUAACAUAAGUCUACCCUAUAUGCAAAUAGCCAAUAUACGCAUUCGAGAAUCAAAAUAUGGCCCGGCCUUGGUCAUACAAACAGCCGAAACAGGUGGUGGCUAUGUUCUGGGUUUUCGCAUCGAUCCCACGGAACGUUUGACGGAAAUUUACAAAGAACUAAUAUCCUUACAUGCCGUCUACACGGAAAAUCCCAAUUUUGGUAUUGUUUAUGAUUCGCCGGAUCUGCGCAAACGUUCGGCGGGUGAUCUAAUGCAGCGCAAAGAUUUUAAAGUCGAGGAAUUUCAAGAGAUCGACGAACGUCAAGAAAAGGAAAUUAAUUCGAAAUUGAAUACCUAUUUGGCGGAGGGCAGUCUGAUGGUGGGCGAAGAAAAACCUCCCCGCGAACCAGUCUAUUGUAAAGAGCUGGGCUUUGCCAUGGAACGUAUACGUGAUAAUUAUAAAUUAAAAGAUCUAUGGGAUAUACUGCCGCAGCAAAUGAUUACGGUGGAGGAGGAGUAAAGCUCUUCUUUAUGUGGAUUAAAAUUUCAAAUACAUGUUUUAAAUGAAAAUUGUACUUGGUGUUGUAUUUAGAUUUAAAAUAAAUUUGAAAUGAAUAAUGGAA